GGGGUCUGAAGGCAGAGACACCUCAGUUUCAGUUCACAAUCUCCCAGAUACCAGCUCCCAGUUCCCAGCUCCCAGCUCGCGAGAGCGUCGAUCGGUCGUCGAGUUCAGUUGGCCUGCGGUUCGUCAUCAGCGUGGUUCAUGCGGCUCCGACUUUCGGUUCGCCUUUAAUUCGGACUCAAAAUUCAGAGUUUUGAAUCGGAACUCGGUAGUGGCACUGGUGGCUCUCCAUUGACAUCGCCAUCUGCGUCCCCGGGCUGUAAUCAUAAAUAUACAAGUAUAUCUACAUACAGACUGGCCCGCUGUACAUAGGCCCAGUUACUUAGUUAGUUAGUUACUUAGCUUGUGCUUGCUGCUGUGCCGUGAAUUUUCAUUUUCCCAAGAGUGCUGUUGCCGUCACAGUGUCCGCUGUUUGUAUCUUGUGAAAUGUCGAAACCCUUGAUUUUAGGCUACGGAUACGUUCAUUAGUCGACAACCAACAAGCUCUCUUGAGGGCCAAAAACAAAUGAACAAGUGAUUUAAGAGAACCCAGAUCGAUUAAAUUAUGUAUUUGAACCGCUUACACCGGUAAGAAGAUGUAAAAAAGUGACCUAAUCUGCUAUUAAAGAGUUUAGAUCGUCCGGGUUUUUGAAAAGUAUCGUUUAAACACCAAGUGCCAAUCGAAUCCAAAUUUUAAGUGUGUUUUUCAAUAUCUCUUUCCAAAUGAUCGCCAGUGAAUAGUGAGAUACGAAAAUAUUUACAUCACUAGGCGAUUGCAAAAGCGUGGCCAAAAUGUGGGUUAGGCUCUGAGCCAGAAACAAAACAAAAUCUGACAACAAAUGGACGCAAAUUCACACAUGCCGUGGCACAUAAAUUUAUGGUUGGAACUGUAACUGGGCGAAAAUGCUCGGCCCGGCAGCCAUCAGCAGUAGUAGCAACAACAUUGGUGGCACCACCACCAUCACCACCAACACCACCAUCUCCACCAGCGAGCCACCAACCACCCACCAAUCCACCCGAACCGCCGACAAAGGGAAAAACUAGCGGAAUAAUGCAACAUUAAGCAAAAUGCUGCUGGCCCUGCUAAAGCAAAGCCUCUACCAACAACAACAACAACACCGUUUUCAACCUGCCACCACCGACGCCAGCAACAACAACAACACGAACAACACCAGCAACAUCAGCAGCAAAAGCAACAACUGCAACAACUGCAACUGCAACAACAUCAACGUCACCGUUACCACGAACAUCGCCGUUGCCGUAUAAAAAUGGAACCCUCAUAUGAUCACGAACAUCCACAUCAUCUGCUAACAAAUUACAAUUCAAAGAAGUAUCCGCACGUCUCGCUCACUCCGGAGUACAGCCACUCCACCGGAAGCGAUUAUCCGGAGCACGGGGGCUACCUGACGGAUGGUCGUCUGAUGCACGAGAGCAACAGCGAUGCCGGCAUCUACCACGUGCGCCAGGGAAGCGAGCACUCCUCGCCCAGCCUGCACUCGCCAGCCAUACAGAGCUCCGGAUACGAGAAUGAGCACCUGAACGAGGCGGUUCUGGCCGCGCACAGCCACAGCCACUCGCCCAUGCCGAUGGUGUCCAGCGCCUACGUGGGCGGAGGAACUGCCUCCGGAUCGCUGAUUAACAGCAACAUUCCCCUUCUCGGUGGCGGCGGCAACUCGGUACUGAACAAAUUUCUGUCGCAUCCGCACGCUGGGAUGGUGGGCGGAGGAAGCGGACAAAUGGAGGACUGCACAUCGCACUCGCCGAUUGAAGCGGCGUCCAUGUGGAGCUACGACUACAAGGGCGACCUGUGCGCCCCCAAUUGUGGCUAUCUGGAGCGGCACAAGCCGCUGCCCGCCGACCUCAAGUACCGGCCCGGCGGAACCCAGUCAAAAAGUGCCAAAGAAUCGCGCAUCCGGCGGCCGAUGAACGCCUUCAUGGUCUGGGCCAAGAUCGAGCGCAAGAAGCUGGCCGACGAGAAUCCCGACCUGCAUAAUGCCGACCUCAGCAAGAUGUUGGGAAAGAAAUGGCGUUCGCUAACGCCGCAAGAUCGCAGGCCCUACGUGGAGGAGGCGGAGCGUCUGCGGGUGAUUCACAUGACGGAGCAUCCGAACUACAAGUACAGACCCCGGCGGCGCAAGCAGUCCAAGCUGCGGGCCAUGCAGCCGGGUGGCAAGGAUCAGAACGAGAGCUCACCCAAUCCGGGCACUGGUGGACCCAAGUCGAAUCCAAAGCUGGCCACACCUCCGCUGGCCACCGCAUCAUCCAGCUAUACAACGCCCACCGACGAGAGCACCUGCAAUUCCACGAGCCAGAAUCACGGCCAGUCAACUCCGGGCGGCCUCUACGAGCAGCCGCUGAAGCCCACGUAUUCGCCCAGUUCCGUGGACUGCUACAGCAAUGCGGAUAGCACGGAACAGAUUGAGUCACUGGCCGCCAACUGCCCGCCCGCCCUGCUCAAUGAAUCGUCGCCCACGGGCGGAGGCUACGACAACUCAUUGUUGCUCAAGAAGUUAACAAAACCGUCUCCCAGCCGUGCGGCCAAGUCGCGCCAGGAUAAGCUCUCCAAAUCCGAGGAGAAGAACAAGGGGCAGUCGCAGGGACAGUCCCAGCAGGGUCUAUAUGCUGCCUCCUAUCCGCUGGCACCCACCUCAGUGGCCGUGGUGGCAGCCAGGGGCAUGUAUGUGACGUGCAACAAUCGGGGAUUGCUGGAUCAUGGUCACUCUGUCAAGGGCACAUUCUACCCACCAGUAUCCGUUUCGGAGGAUGACAAUAGCGCCACCAUGCGGAACAGCAUAAGUGCACUGCAGCAGCACUGCAAUGUGGCCACAAGUACACCCUCAAGUUCCGCCGGUCCCAUUCCAGCCAGCGAGAUGAGCAGCUACACGGUCUCCAUGGCGGAUAACUGCGGAAAUCUAAGGCUCAGCAUGAACGAGCUGUCUGGCAAUGAGUAUCUGCCCAGCGCCAAUGCCUAUGGAAUGCAGUACGAGGACUUCCUGCGCUAUCAGAGCAACGAUAUGGAUUACUCUACGUCGGCGGUGGAGCACAAGGAGCCUACUUCCGAUUCGGCGGGCGUCCAGAAGUGCCUCAAGUACCCGGACACGAAUCAGAACUACGACGACUACGAGGCGGAGGCCUACAGUAACGCCAUGCUGCCGGCAACGGCAGCUAGCUACUACACCCAGCUCCCGUAUCCGCCCACCUCGCUGGCCGCCUUUCCCCUCCAGCUGGCCGUGCCGUUCCAGCAGACGACAUCGGGUGCCUACGGUGCGCAGCCCAUCCAGAGUGGUUACCUGCACUACGGCAACUAUGGUGGCUAUGAGGGCAUGGCCCAGAGUCAGGCUCAGAACCAAGCGCCCGUCCAGCACCAGCAGGCAUCCCACUCGGCUCCGCCCUCCCUCUCAGCGCCACCCAACCAGACGGUGACCUCCAAUCCGGCAGCCAUCACCAUGCAGCAGCACCAUCACCAUCACUUUGCGCCCGCACCCGGCAUGGUGGGCGUGGGCGUGGGCGUCGGAGUCGGAGUGGGAGUCGGAGUCGGAGUCGGAGUUGGUGAAAUGCUCUUCGAGCAGCAGCAGCGCAAAGAUGAUGAGAUUAGCAACAUUCUGGCAGGAGUGCGCAAGACCUGCUACAGCAACUGACUCUGAUCAGACAUACGUGUAUGUAAUAUUUGGCGCCUAGAGUUUAGAGAGUGGUUUAGGUAGUCUUAAGAUUGCUUCCGCACCCACAAUGUUCUUCCAGCCCUUCCCCCGAUACUACACUUUUAGAACACUUUUGAAUUGUACAAUUAUUAGAGCUGCAUAGAUACGAUGAGACAAAAAAGAUACAUAACGAAAUAAAGUAAUUCCUAAGUAAUCGAAACGCAUAAUCGAUGUCAAUGUCAGUGUGGAACGCAUUCGCCCAAUGACAGCAUCUUGGGGGUGGAACGCGGAUGGACCGUGACCAUAUGACACUGACACAGCCACCCGAUAUAUACACGACCGGAUCCUGCGCACUGCCAGUUCCAUCAGGUUGGAGUGCAAAGAUUUUCUUUUCCCAUUCGCACGGCCACAGAUUUCCCACGUUACAUAAAAUUCAAAAGACUUUUUCCACUAUUUUCCGCAUCGCCUACGGCAGUUUUCAAAUCGCUUUUGAAACUGAACUUCGAGAUUCGAGUGAGCAGGAUGUGCAAGUAUCCGAGAAUCGCAUGAUUAACGCGCUCCAUUCGCACAAGGGCGCCAAGUUGUCGCAAUCAAAAGCAAAAUCUGAGUCAAAAUUCAGUUUUAUUUUCUAGAUUGUUAAUCCUCAUGUGACCACAGUAGUUGAGAAAUUCGAGAACCAUUGCGGAAGCUGGAGGCCAACGAAAUUGUUAAAGAAAAUUCUGAUAAAAUCGAUACACUACUUCGCACGCCUUCUUGACGCCACCGCAGCCGCCGCCAUCAGGCCAAUACCACCCCCACCAC